AUGCCAUUGCAAGAAGUUGUCUACUGUGGUGUAUGUUCAUAUCCACCAGAAUACUGUGAAUUCACAGGUAAAUUGAAGCGUUGUAAAGUUUGGUUGAAAGAAAACCAUCCAGAUUUAUUCACUAAACUAUAUGGUGAUGAUAAUGGGGAUGUUGCUGCUGUAGCAGGUAAAUUAGCUGAAUCUAGUAUUGGUGAAGAAAGAGAGGAGAAACUAGAGAAAGAUCUUUUGAAAUUACAAACUAAGCAAGAAAAUAGAGAACAAAGAGAGUUGGCCAAGAAAUUAUCUUCCAAAGUCAUUAUUAAGAGAGAAGCCAGAACCAAGAGGAAGUUUAUUAUUGCCAUUUCUGGUUUAGAAGUCUUUGAAAUUGAUAUGAAGAAAUUAGCUAAGACUUUUGCCUCUAAAUUUGCCACUGGUUGUUCCGUUUCUAAGAAUGCAGAAAAGAAGGAGGAAAUUGUUAUUCAAGGUGAUGUACUAGAAGCCGUUGAAGCUUAUAUUCAUAGUUUAUUGAAAGAGAAGGGAUUAAAGGAUGUUAAAGUGGAAACCAUUGAUACCAAAAUGAAGAAAAAGAAACCAGAAGGUGCUCCUACAGCAUAA